CCACACGCUCCGACCAACCUCCGCCUCGCUUUGCAGUCAGCCUGAGUGAACGCCUCGACGAGCCACCCGCGUCCUUGCUGACACAAGCCGCGCUUGCUACGCAGCCUUGCUCGUGAAUAUAUCAGCCCUUUGCGACAAACAAUCCGGUCUUCAGCUGCGGCUACAGGCUGACGACUAUUCGAACCUUGCUUGGAAUACACUAAAGCAUCUUCCCUCGCCUUUUAUACCACCACGUCAUCUCUCAGAGCUACCUCCCACCACCAACAACCACAUACUACAGACAUGGCCAUGGCAUCGAGUGGGAUACGGCGGAAAGACACCACGAAGGGCCCGCCUCUGCGCAUUCUAUCACUAGAUGGCGGAGGUGUUCGAGGCUACUCCAUGCUCAUUCUGCUUCAAGAGCUCAUGCACCGGACAUUUGUCGAGAUCGAGGGCCGCGCACCGAAACGACACGAAAUCCCGAAGCCAUGCGACCAUUUCGAUCUCAUCGGAGGGACGGGCACAGGCGGCCUGAUCGCCAUAAUGUUGGGCCGACUGCGGAUGGAUAUCGACACUUGCAAGGACGUCUACGUACGGAUGACGAAGAAAGUCUUCGAGACUGAUAAGACAUUUGCUGGCAUACCCUACCGAUCCACCCUGUUCAAGGCGUCCAAACUGGAAGAGGCUAUCAUGGAGUGCGUGAGGGAACACACCAUCUAUGACGACGAAGGGAACGACAACGACGAAUCGUCAAACGUGGACCUCAGGACGCCUAUGACGCCUAUGACGCCCGGAAGCGCUUAUCACAUUCCUAAAAGAAGUCAGAGCAAUGCCAGUCGGUACAGUCAGAUCGGGUCGACGCCACUCAAUCAACGGAUUGCCGCGAUGAAAUACGGAAACCCCAACGCUCUUAUGUACGAUUCGAGGGAAAACCGGACCAAGACUGCGGUUACAGCAGUAUACAAAGGCACCCCCAAGAAGGGCAACUCAGUGCUCCUUCGUUCGUACGACUCUCGCAAAGAACCGGCCCCAGAGUUCAACUGCACUAUAUGGCAAGCCGGUCGCGCAACCUCUGCAACUGGCCUGGCAUUCAAACCCAUUCAGAUUGGCCAGUCUGUUUUCAUCGACGAAGGUGCUGGGAAGUACAAUCCAGCGCCGCAGAUUCUUGACGAAGCCGUCUGCAACGAGUGGCCUGGCCGCGAAGUAGGCGUCUUCGUCAGCAUUGGCACUGGCAAAAGGCCGCCCGGCUCAGAUGGGCGGAAGCAAGAGUGGUGGGAGGAUUUCGUUGGAUCUAACAUGGGGAACUUCGCGGAAGCACGACGCCGGCUCAUCUCCAAGAUUGAAGGCUGCGAAGAGACACACUUGUCAAUGAAAGACUCCUUGGCCAAGCGCCAGGUCAACCCGGAGAACUACUAUCGCUUAAACGUGAACGUCGGCGUCGGAGAGUUCGGUAUGAACGAGUGGGGCCGGCUAGCAGACAUCAGCACAAACACACGCAGGUAUCUAUCGGAUCCUGACGUGCAGAGUAAGAAUCUGGACGCUGCAGCUAAACUUGGUCGUAUCUACCGUGCAAAGAUACGUUGGGAGCGCGCCCAGAACGGCGAAAACCAAUAUGCACAGCAACAAGGAGGCCAAUGGGACCGCCCUCUCCCGGCGCCGCCAUCCUCGUUUACCUAUACAGAGCCGAUGGCCAUCGAGCUCCCAGCGAACGAAGACGUCCCCCCUCAAAGCUACGACCACCAGCGUCCGCAGUCACAACUCCUUUCCCCAUCCAACUACCAGCACAACCAACGCCGGCCGUUGGAAUCCGAGAAGAUCAUGAUCACGUCCGCUGACGAGUUCCCCACCUUCGACCCCCGCCAUUCAGGCGAAUUAACCUCAGGCUACCGCCGCAGCAACGAGCAGUUUACAUCUCGACCCCACAGCUCGUCCGCCGGCUCCUUCAAGGAGUCGCCCCGCCGCAGCGGUGAGGAGCCGCGCGUUAGCAGCGAGACAAUGCCUAACACGCCUCCGCCACGGCCCCCAAAGACACCGAUCCAGCACGAUGUUAAGCCUGGUAUCAAGCCUGGUAUGCAGGGCACCCUGUCGCGCCCGCCGGCGGGCAUCGUGCUACCGUAUCCCGACACUGAUGGCCCGCCGCCUGUGGUCAACAUGGCGAGAAAGCCGGAGUACGGCGUGCGGUGAUCGAGGGAGAACCACGGCUCCUGCUCAUAUACAUAUCUUUUUCUUGACGUGGCGUUUUUCGGCUUAACCACGGCGUUGGCUACAUUAUAAACACGUUUGAUGACCAAACUCACGACGGAGUUCCUGGCGCUUGGGGUAGUGAUUUUGGGCAAGGAGGACUGAGGCAUAUAGAAACGAACUGGCCGUUAGACUUCAUGUUGGGUUAUGGACGUGGGAUUUGGAAACAAUUUAGGGAAGAUCGACAGGGAGUUUGUUCUCGUAAUACGCUCACGAGCAGAGCGAGGGUGGAUAAAUCUCGUUAUGUAUUUGAUACCCAUGAACUAUACCUACUAUUGUUUGAAAAAACU